GGCCCGGCGGCCACGGCGGGGGGGCAACGGCGGCCGCGCUGACGUCCGGGGGAAGCUGAGCAAUAACAGCGGCGACGCGGGCCCGGGUGCGCCUGCGCGGGCUGCGGGGCUGCUUCUAUUUAUGUGGGGGGGCGCCAAGAUGGCGGGGGCGGCGAGGAGAACGUAGGGGGCAGCUCCGACCGGGCGGCGGAGCGGGGAGGAGGGGAGAGGGAGGAGCCGGGGCCGGUGGGAGGGAGCGCAGAGAGCGGUGUCACCGAACGCGUGAGGCGGGGGCCGGCGGACGGCGGGCGGGGGGGGGUGGCGGCGGAGGAUGGCGGAGCCGCGCCGGGUGCCGUUCAUCAGCCUGUCACCCGUGCGGCGCCGCGAGGGCGAGAGCCCGGCGCUGGAGCGGGAGCCGGCGGGCCGCGACCCGGAGCCGCCGCCGACGGGCCGCGAGGCGCCGCCGCCGGAGCCGCCACCGAACGAGCCGCCCCGCGACAGCGCCGCCCGCCCGGAGCCGCCCCGCGACCCCGGCCGGCCCGAGCAGCCGCCGCAGCGGGAGCCCCCCCGGCCCGAGCCGCCGCCGCUGCCGCCGCCACCGCCGCGCCAGAGCGGGCGGCAGGAGCCGCCGCCGCCGCGGGAGGCGCUCCCGCUCCGCCAGACGGUCCGCCUGGAGGUGGUGCUGAAGGACCCCACCGAGGAGGGCUGCGUGGAGUUCAGCUACCCGGAGCUGCUGCUGUGCGGGGACUCGAGGAAGAAAUUGAUUCACUUGGAAGAUCCAUUUAAUGAUGAACAACGUGAGCGACAUGAAGUAGAAAUGCUUGCCAAGAAGUUUGAGGCAAAAUAUGGUGGAAAGCCUCACAAACAUCGGAAAGAUCGCCUGCAGGAUCUAAUCGAUAUAGGUUAUGGUUAUGAUGAAACGGACCCUUUCAUUGAUAAUUCUGAAGCGUAUGAUGAAUUGGUUCCUGCAUCCCUGACAACCAAAUAUGGAGGGUUUUAUAUCAACACUGGUACUCUGCAGUUCCGACAGGCAUCUGAAUCAGAAGAUGAAGACUUUGCAGAAGACAAAAAACAUAGGCCACCUAAAAUAGCAAAGUUAAAAGAAAGUGAAGAUCGUGGAAUGAAGAAGCGCAAGCGGAAAGAGGAAGGGACAGAAAAGGAGAAGAAGCCUCGGAAAAUGAAAGUUCCUAAGCAGUUGGGAGUAAUGGCCUUAAAUUCACACAAGUCUGAGAAGAAGAAAAAGAAAUUGUAUAAAGACUCGCUUUCUCUGGCUGCCAUGAUCCGUAAAUUUCAAAAGGAGAAGGAAGCCAUGAGGAAGAAGGAAUCUAGUCCAAAACCUCCAGUGACUGUUGCAACCCCUACCCCUAGUAAAAUUCCUUCCUCCUCUCUCAGUGCAGGAAACGAUAUCUCUGACUUGAAUCUUAGGAUCAACGAUCCUGUCCUCUCCAUUUUUGGUAGCACAAAUGAACCUGAGCUCCUGCAAGAAACUGAAAGUGCCCUGGAGAUGCUGGGAGACAUUGACUUUGACAAGUUGCUUGAUGGCACUUCUGAUGGCAGCCCGGUAUCUGAGCUGUCAGGAGAAAAUGGAAAUGUCACUCAGGCAACCUACACCUCUCAGGUCAUGACACCCAAGCAGGUGCCUGCCCUCCCAGAAGGUCUGCCUGUGCUACUUGAAAAGCGCAUUGGGGACCUUCGAACAGCUGCCAAGAUGUUUGAUGAAGAAGGCAGGAAGAAGUUUUUCACGCAAGACAUGAAUAAUAUUCUUCUGGAUAUUGAGCUACAGUUACAGGAGGUAAAUCCUGCCAUCCGCAGUGGAGUGUACUCUCACCUGGAGGCUUUUGUGCCAUGCAAUAAGGACACACUGAUAAAGCGUCUGAAAAAGUUACACCUCAAUGUCCAGGAUGACCGCUUGAGAGAACCAUUGCAAAAGCUGAAACUGGCUGUCAGUAAUGUCAUGCCUGAACAGUUAUGCAAGUAUCAAGAGGACUGUCAGGCCCGCAAUCAAGCCAAGAAUGCCAAGUUGCAAACGGAAGAUGAACGAGAGAAAAAUGGAUCAGAGGAAGAUGAUGAUGAGAAACCCGGAAAGAGGGUUGUGGGACCCAGAAAGAAGUUUCAUUGGGAUGACACAGUGAGGUCUCUGUUGUGUAAUCUUGUCAAGAUCAAGCUGGGAUGCUAUGAGCUAGAGCCAAAUAGAAGUCAGUCUGCUGAAGAUUACCUCAAAACCUUUAUGGAAACAGAAGUGAAACCACUUUGGCCUAAAGGCUGGAUGCAGGCAAGGAUGCUUUUUAAAGAAAGCCGAAGUGUUCACAAUCACCUCACUUCUGCUCCGGCAAAGAAGAAGGUGAUUCUGGCCCCUAAACCCAAAGUGAAGGACUCCAGUCCAAAAAAAGAACAGAAGACCUGUAUGUCUUCAGUCAAUUCAAGUUGUGCUACUGUGCUGAGCUCCAGCACACCUGUCUGCACCCCAGCCAGCUCUAGCUGCACACCAGCUCCAGAGACGAUCUGCUUGGAUGACUCACUGGAUGAAGACCUCUCUUUCCAUCCACCCUCACUGGACUCUAUUUCCGAUGCUCUGGCAGUUAUCAAUAAUGGUGCCAAGGGAUCACCUCUUGGGUCCACCAUAGACACACCGACAUCCAGACCUCGCCCUGGGCUGAGGGAAGAGAAACUAGCAAGCAUUAUGAGUAAGUUGCCUCUGGCAACUUCAAAGAAAGUAGAGCCCACUCAGACAUCCCAUUCUUCAAGUCUUAUUGCUGGUCACACAGGGCCAGUACCAAAGAAACCCCAGGACUUAGUUCACACUGGUAUCUCUUCAGGCCUUAUUGCUGGAUCUUCAAUUCAAAAUCCCAAGGUUUCCUUAGAGCCUUUGCCAGCCAAACUACUUCAGCAAGGACUACAGAGGUCAAGUCAGAUCCAGUCUGCUUCCUCUUCUUCUCAGACUCAUGUUUCUUCCUCUAAGACCCAAGCAGCUGUUUCCACCUCCUCUCAAAGAACCAAGGAUGCUAGUAUCUUGGUAUCAUCUUCUGAGACUCAAGGUGGUACUUCCUCAACAUCACAAGUGACAAAGGUGCACCAGCAUUCAACUGUACAGCAGAAAUAUGUAUCUCCUUUGCAAGCAACUAUUAGUAAAUCACAGACCAAUCCUGUGGUGAAAUUGAGUAGUAAUCCCAAACUGUCUUGCUCAUCACCAAUCAUCAAGGCUCAAGAUAAGUCUGUAGUAUAUCGCCUGCCUUUGUCUAAUCCCUCAUCUGGAAGCGGCUCCCAAGUGUCUCACCCACUGGUUUCUCGGACAACAUCCAGCACCUCUACCUCUAGUAACUAUUUAGCCAAGGCUAUGGUGUCACAAGUUUCUUCCCAGGGUUUCAAGCCUCCCUUCUCCAUGGCUGCCUCUCCCAAACCUGCUGCCUCUCCCAAGCCCACUUCAUCUAAGCCCUCUGUGACACCCAAGCCCAAUGCAUCACCUAAAUUUUCAUCGAAGUCCACUUCAUCCCCCAGGCCUGCAACAACACCCAGUUCUUCCAGUUCAAGUGCACUAGUUUCCCAGAGUAGUCACUCCAGCAACAACCCCCUUCAUAAACAGACCAGUGGUGUAAAUAUCAGCAGGCAGUCUCCCACAGUGAAUUUGCUGUCCUCUAAUCGCACCUCAGGCCUUCAGCCUGCAAAGAACCCUCAGGCUUCUUCAAAAUUACCCAACUCUUCUCCUUCUGGAACUGUUGGUAAAAAUAAUUUGGGUGGAGUUGGAAUGAAUGUACCUGCCAACAGAGGCAGUAACCUUAACUCAAGUGGAGCUAGUAGGACUAGUCUGUCUGGGGGAACAGGAAGUGGAACACAGGGUGCUACUAAACAAUUGUCAACUCCACACAGACCAUCUUCUGCCUCAGGGUCUCCAGUUGUAGCAGCCAGCGUGCAGUCAACAGCAGGAGCAUCGUUACUGGCUAACGCCUCACCUCUGACUCUCAUGGCAUCACCCCUGUCUGUAACCAGUCAGAAUGUGACGUCUGCACCAUUAACUCCUUUUGGGAUGCUGGGUGGCCUUGUUCCUGUGACUGUGCCCUUCCAGUUUCCCUUGGAGCUGCUUGGCUUUGGGACGGACACAGCUGGAGCGACAACCACCUCGGGAUCUACCUCAGCGGCUUUCCACCACAGCCUAACUCAGAACUUACUGAAGGGUUUACAGCCAGGUGCUCAGCAUGCAGCGACGCUGUCUCACUCACCUCUGCCUGCUCACUUGCAGCAAGCUUACACAGAUGGAGGCCAAAGUAAAGGGGACACUAAGUUACAGCGGAAAAACCAGUGACUUCUGGACAAGCAAGGGAGCUGAAGCAGUUCUGGUUGGCUGACAGAAUCUGCCCAGUUGGGAAAGUGCUUAUUGUCACAGGGCUGCUGUUUCUGUCGAUGUUUACAUAUUCUGAUCCUAAGCACUGUGGUGAGAGGAAGAAGAAAAAUAAAACAAUACUUGAUCAAAGAGAGAAGGAAAAGGAGGACUGGUCCUCCUGGUCAUGCAGACUGGUCAUAGCUUGAUAUUGCCUAAAGAAACAACGUUUUUUAUCUGCUCUGAUUGGCUCUUAAAAGAAAUUGAUCGUCAAACCCACAGCAGCACCAACAUUUUUGUCUGGGUGAAGUCCAAUGAAAAGUGGAAACCAUGAGAGGAGCUAGAAUAGGUUUCUCCAUUCAUUGUGUAAGGUGGAAUCAUUCACUUCUUUAGUGCCCAGAGUGCCCAGGGUAAGAUUAUGUGUAGGUCCUGAGUGUAUUAAACGGUUGUGGACCAAAGGUUAUGUAGAAUAGAGGUGGUGCUGGGAUACUUUGCAUUAUAAUUAAACCUUUACACAAAUGCAGUUUUUGAUAAUGGGCAUUUUUCCAGAUUUACAAGGCUGUUUGGCUUAGGGAGCCUACAGGUGUAUGCAGUCUCAUUAGAGAAUUGUCUUCAAAAACAGAUCUCCUGGUACAUCAAGAUGUGAGACACACACUAUUUGUUUGAUUUUUUUUUUUUUUAAAGUACAAGAAUUCUUGGGAGGAAGGGGAUGGAAAAUUUUUCAUUACACAAAAAGGAAACCCACAUUUGAUUGGUCAGACUAGCAUUUCUUUCCAACAUUAUAUUUUUAAAGGCAUGCUAAUGUUUCAGUCCUUCCAUUUGUUAAACUUUCUUUUACCUCUGCCACGUGCUUAUUUGCUACUGAAAUUAUGUUCUAUUCAUGUCUUUCAUAAACAACAACCAGUUCUUUGCUGAUUCUUGAUCUUCAUUUUUCAUCUAACUCUUCCCAAAAGCCAUGCAUUAUACUGAUUUCCUAGUUAAAGAAACCUGAUUGUGACCUAUUCCAGGGUCAGGUUAAUACUGCUUCAGGCAUUAGCCAAAGAGGAGUCGUUCAAAAGCGACCAGAGGUGCCUUCUCUUCUGGGGGCUUGAAUGGGUUGUCUCCAGCAUUUCCAGCCCCUGCUGGCCUGGGGAGUGUCUGACCUGAACUCUUUCUUACAUGGUAGCACAAGACUGCAAAGCUGGCUUUUUUUUUUUCUUUGAUAGCAAUACAUCAACUGGUUGACGUGUAAGAUUAGAAAGUAUCCAGCACAUGUUGCACUUUCAACACUAGGACAGAACUUUGCUAUUGCGUCCCUUGCGCUGUCAGAUAAAAGGUGAGAAUGGCAGAAAGUUAAAUAAGUCAUUGGGGAAAGGAGCAAAUAAAGUAGUAGGAUGCCCUUCUUCAGCCCUAAAACAUUCCUUUGACCAGAGAUGCUGAAAUUCCUAGUAAAUAGUUUUUCCAGUAGUUUGACUUGAGAUUGAACCAGAGACUACUGGUUAUCUCACACCUUUUAGAGCGACUUUGACCCAUGAAUAAUUAAUCUUCAAUGUUUUUUGCUAGAUUAUUUCGAGCUUGCAGGUUUCUUUUACAUGUGAUUUAUUUUUCUUAGAUCAGACAACAAUUUCUUUUCUAUUUAGAGCUCAUUUUAAUUUUAUAUAAAUAUAUAUACAUAAAUUUAAAAUAAUAUAUAUUGUGUAUUUAGUAUAAAAAUGUUGGGUUGAGCUCAGCAAUAAAUGUUUUUGCACAACACUUCUGUGAAAGACAGAUUGAAUUAAGAUGCAUUAGUUCAUUAAUUUCACUCCACAGCAUCUGCCAAUUAAAUGCUUUUUAGCUAGUGCUAAUGUUUUGUAUGUGGCGUGUUGAUUAGAUAAGCUUGCAUCUCCGUUGAGGUUAUUAAGAGUUGAAAUAUACAGCUGUGUAGACCCUGGCAUUCUUAAUACUGCACAAAUUCUCUCAAAAUACCAUGAACUAUUUAGAAUGCAAGCUUUAUCUGGUUUUUUUUCCCUCUUUUCUCCAGGAAGGGUUGAAGGAAGACAACUUUUGUUUUUUGAGGCCCAGUGGUUCUGGCAGGAUGUUAAUUCUCUGAACUGUGUCAAACCUGACAAUUUUAACAUUGCAUGUAGCUAAGGGAGUUGCGGCAGUGAGCCACUGGGCAGCAAUAUAUGUAAAAGACCCUGUCCUAAGAGUUCUACCUCUUCUAUGUUUUCCUCAUCAAGGCAUCUCAUUCAAAUUGCCAUCUUUUGUCUUCAUACUUAAUGAAAUUUUAGACUGGGAGACUUGGAGCCCUUUAUAACUACAGCACAAAUUCCCUUUCAGUGUUCCUCUCUUCCUGGAAGUAUGCCUCAUCUUCAGUUGAAGAGCAUCCUCUCUAAAUCAUGAGGGUAGGAGCAGUGCUGCCUCUGUGUCCUACUGAGCUUCUCAGUCUUGGGAAACAAGUGAACUAAUACUUCUUGUGGAAAUAGAUAGUAGGAUGAUGAGAAUAAAGAUGACCAUAUGUUG